AUGCUUCGUGGCACCGUUGCCAAUGGUAGGCGAAGGCCCCUCUCACGAUGGUUAGAUGCAAAGCAGGUUGUUGCCCCCAAGUCCAAGGCAUCUUCUUGGGCUUUUGUACAGAGGAGACAGGUUUUCCGGGUGGAACAUGCGUUUGCUGGAAUCUACAAAAGGAGUUUAAGUGAGUUCAAAGGUUCUGACGUAGCCUUUAAUAAUCCUGAAGUCAAAUUGCAUAUAGAAAACAAGCAGAUCACAGUGCAAAAUGGCAUCAUUCGUGUAACUUUCUCAAAUCCGGAGGGCACUAUCCUUGGAAUUUCAUAUAAUGGAAUAAAAAAUGUGCUUGAAGGUCGCAAUAACUUCAACAACAGAGGGUAUUUUGACAUUGUCUGGAAUUCACCUGGAGCCCCUUCAAAACUUUGGGGAAUUGAAGGGAGUAGAUUUUCAGUUAUAGAGGCCAACAAGAAUGAAGUAGAACUUUCGUUUUCCAGAACGUGGAACAAGGACAACUCAAGUCCUCCCUUAAACAUAGACAAAAGAUAUAUUUUACGAAGAGGUAGUUCAGGAUUAUACAUAUAUGGUAUAUUUGAGCAUCCUGAAGAUUUUCCUGCAACGGAGAUUGAUCACAUUAGGAUUGUUUUCAAGCUGCAGAAGGAGAGGUUCCACUACAUGGCUAUAGCAGAUGAUAGGCAGCGAGUCAUGCCAACAGCAGAAGAUAGAUCUACAGGGCAACGCCUUGAUUAUGAUGAAGCUGCUCUAAUCACCAAUCCUAGUAACCCUCAGCUUCAAGGAGAGGUUGAUGACAAAUAUCAAUACUCUUGUGAGAACAAAGACAACAAAGUUCAUGGGUGGAUUAACUUGGACUUCAAGAACAAUAAGUCAGUGGGCUUUUGGAUGAUCACACCAAGUAAUGAGUUUCGUAGUGGUGGCCCAAUUAGGCAAGGCCUUACUUCUCAUGUUGGCCCUGUCACUCUUAAUAUACUCCAUACCACUCACUACUCUGGGAAGGAAGUAACCAUGACAUUACACGAAGGAGAACCCUUCAAGAAAGUAUAUGGUCCCGUUUUUGCUUAUCUUAACUCAGUUUCAAGGGUUCAUCAUUCAGAACAAGUCCUCUGGAGUGAUGCCGUACAACAGCUAUCAAAGGAAAUCAAUAGAUGGCCUUAUGAUUUCCCUAAAUCAGAGGAUUUUGUCCCUACAAAUAAAAGGGGAAGAGUGGAAGGACAAUUACUCGUCCAAGACAGACACAUUAAAGGAGGCACAUUUUUAUAUGGCGAAAAUGCCCAUAUUGGUUUGGCACUUCCCGGAGACGUGGGAUCAUGGCAGAGACAAAGCAAGGGUUACCAAUUCUGGACUCAUGCUGCUAAACUUGGCCACUUCGCUAUAGCAAAUAUUGUACCAGGGGACUACAAUUUAUAUGCAUGGAUUCCUGGAGUUUUUGGAGACUAUAAAUAUAACACUACCAUAACCAUAACACCAGGAUGUAUCAUCCAAUUGGGUUCACUCAUAUACAAUCCUCCAAGAACUGGACCAACCUUAUGGGAAAUUGGCAUCCCAGAUCGCUCUGCUGCAGAGUUCCACGUUCCAAAUCCUUAUCCUAACCUCAUAAACCGAUUAUACAUAGCAAAACCAUUGCACAAGUUUAGACAAUAUGGAUUAUGGAAGCGUUACAACGAGUUAUAUCCAAAUGAGGACCUCACUUACACUGUUGGCGUGAGUGAUUAUAGUAAAGAUUGGUUUUAUGCUCAAGUUCCCAGGAACAUUGGAAACAACUCAUAUCAUCCAACAGUAUGGGAGAUUAAAUUUCAUCUCCCAUUUGUUAUGAGAGGCAUCUACACACUGCGACUUGCUUUGGCCUCAGCUACACGUUCUAACUUGAUGGUUAGGUUCAACAACCCUGUGGCUCGUCCUCCACAUUUUUCUACGGGAUUAAUAGGUCAAGAUAAUGCAAUAGCAAGACAUGGCAUCCAUGGAUUGUAUUGGCCUUAUAGUAUUGAAGUAGGAAGCAAUGUAUUGGUGGAAGGAAGCAACACCAUCUAUCUUAGACAAACAAAAGGUAUGAGUCCUUUUCAAGGCAUUAUGUAUGACUACAUCCGUUUUGAAAGACCAGAAGCAUAGAAGGACUUAAU